AAUCAAUUCAGAAACUGAAAGGUUUGAAGGUGGUGAUUAUCCUACAAGUGGUUCUUAUCAUCAUUGUUGUGGCUUUCCGGGUAUUUUAUCGGCGUGUCAGGUCCAGAAGGAGACAUUUGCGAUGACUAAAGUUACCUGAAGCGUUAUUGGUAAACUCUCAUCAACUUUUCUUUGGUUAAAUUUCAUGCCUGCCUGAUAUAUGAAUGCUAAUUCUGGUGUGUUCCUUUUUUCUUUUAUUAUCAUGUAUUAUUAUUCUCGAGUGGCAAUGUGACUUGAACACAUGACCACUUCUUUUAAUACUAUAAUAAGCAGCCAACUCAUCUUAGAGGAUAAGCUGAUGGAGAGUUAUUUUGCUUAGUUAUUUGUAUUUUUAACAGGUUUCGAUGAAUCUGGUUGUUAAAAAUUGUUGAUAGGUUCCUUGUAACUUUAUGUAACAAUACAAUAAUUCCGUUAGUUGGGCAACUUGAUUUGGGUCAUUUACUUCAUCAGAACCAAAUUUUUUUCUUUUCCUCUUUCACUAUUAGUGUCAUUUUUCCCCUUAAAGGAACUAACUGGGGUUAUGUUGUUUUAGCAUCAUCAUUUAAGGCAUCUUUCAAAGUGCUGUGAUUAUGUAUUCUUUCACAAUUUCAUCUAUUUGCUCCUUCCAUAAUAGUCCUUUAUCCUUGCUAGUCUUGUUCUCAUUGGUGGUAUGAUUUGUACAAAGCAAUCCUUCUUCGUAGAUAUUAUGAAUUUUUGAAAGCCCUUUUGUCUAUCAUAUAUUGUAUUUAUACGUGCAUUCUUCUUUAGAUAAAUUUUUUAGCGACCAUUAUUGGCCACCCUUUACAUGGCUAUUAAUGCCUGCAGGUUUUGCAUUGUACUGCUCAUACUCCUCAGAAACAAUGAUUACAGCAACGAAGUUUUGUACAUCUCUUCGUCCUUUUCAUUGCUUGUUCCUCCAUUCUUCGUACAUUCACUCUUUCUGUUCCUCACAGACGCUUGAAGAAUCCAUCAAAGCUGCAGUUGAAGCCAAGUUUUACCGGCAUGUUCCUGACCUUCUCAUUGCCGUGAGAGAAUCGGCCCAAAAUCCAAAUCCCUUCUCAUUCCUCUCCACAUUCUCCCAAACCCUUAGAACCCAAAUUGUCGAUGAAAUUUUACAGUCUUUUAUCCCUCUGAGACCCCGUUCUCGCCCUGAGGUUGCCUAUUCGUACCUCCUUUCUUACAUUCUCCAAAGUUCCAAUCCUCUUCCUCUUGCUCUCGCCAUUCUUCAGCGCACUCUUCGGUCAGGUUGUGUCCCUAUCCCUCAAACUCACCUUCUUCUUUCCACUGCAUGGCUUGAAAGCCGACAUCAAUGUCAGUCUGUCUCAAGUAUUCUGUUAGAGAUGCAGUCAAUUGGUUAUCGUGCUGACUGUGGCACUUGCAACUACCUUAUUUUGUCACUCUGUAAGGUUGAUCAGUUGAAGGAGGCUGUUAAAGUCUUAAAGGGCAUGGGUGCGGCAGGAUGCCUUCCGGAUUUGGAUAGUUAUGACGCUGUAAUUGGUGCAAUGUGUGAACUAAGGAGGACUGCUAAUGUUGUAGCGAUGAUGAAGGACAUGGUGGCAAAAUUUGGUUUGAACCCAAGGCAGGAGAUGGUGUUGAAAGUGGUAGCAGCAAUGCGGGCAAAUAGGGAGAUAUGGGGAGCAGUUGAGAUGAUUGAGUUUUUGGAGACGGAGGGUAUACACGUGGGGUUUGAGAGCUAUGAAUCUGUCGUUGAGGGUUGCUUAGAGUGUAGCGAGUUUGUUUUAGCAGGCAAGGUCGUGAUGGGAAUGACAGAGAGGGGGUUUAUACCAUAUAUUAGGGUGAGACAGAAGGUGAUUGAGGGACUGGCUACUGCUGGUGAAUUGGAGCUUGCCCAUGCUGUGAGGAAGAGAUUUGCAGAACUGAAAACUUAGCUUGUCCAAUACAUUUGUUUAGUUAGGGAAAGAACUGUCUAAUGUCCGUUUACCUGCUAUGUCAGAGCACAUCCGCUGAACUACUAAUUGACUGCAUAAUAGAGGGGGUUGUGGUUCCAAAUCCGCUGCAAAGUGCUGUAAAAGAUUUUGAAAUGUUUGUAUUCAAGCUUCAAAUAGCCUGCGACAUUUUAUGGAAAAAUUUGGUUGAAUGGUGGUGGAUUUAAAGUAAUACUGAACGGUGUUUUUGUCAUUUCUUCAUGUUACUUUCUCUGACCCAAACAUUGCAUGCACGACUGUUGUUUGUUUUCAGGAUUGCCUUUCGACUUUAUAGCCCGAGAAUUCAAGUACCUGACGGAUUGAACUCUGGACUGGUAAAUUCCAAAGCGCAAUGCCCAUUUGAGUCUGUACCUGAUCAAAGCUAGCUCUGGAAGGUGUGAACAGAUUGUGAAAAAUCGAACCUUCGAGCUAGCAUAUUUGAAGGGGAGAGGCCUCUCCAUAGUUGGCUUAGAUGAUGUUUUUUGGACGAAUAUGAUUGUCACGAAGGGUAAUGUUUGCGUUGGCUUCGUGGUGAAUGUGAAUAUCAAUUGUACAAUAACCAACGGUCGAUAUGUCCUGAAAGAGAAAAAAAAAAAAACAAAGGGAGAGGUUUAUGAGGCCCCCUAAAUCGUUUCCUUGGCUAAGUGGUGUUGUCUCUUGAAUUCUCACCCAUCAGAGGA